UUUUGAAAUAUGUAAAUGUAUUUCUAUUGGGUUUGGAAACUCUUCAUUUAAAUAACAAAAAACGGUGACUGUACUGUAGUGCUAAGACUAGUAAGUGCUCACAGAAACAAAUGAUAUUGUUGCUCAUUAAUAAUAUAUUAGCGUAUUUAAACAUAUAUAUUGCUAAAUACAUCACUAGACAGGUACAAGCCGGCAUGUUAACAGUAAUAUUAGGCAUUCAAGCUGAGAUGAUCGUGGUCAUUAUUUGACAUUUUUAUGAACAUGAUUUUUUAAUUUUUACCGUCUUGGAAUCCCUCCCUCACCUCCCCUCCACCCCCCGCCGCCGCCGCCGCCGCCGCCGCGCUACUGUCACUUUAACAGCUCCAUGUCGGGGUGGAUUCCAGCCAAUCGGGUUUGGAUGCGCGGUCUGCUGCUCUGGUGUAGACCACCUUAGGGGGGGGUGGGGGGUCGGGGUGGGACAGGUGUCGCACAGACGACAUCUGGUGUCCUUCGGCCCACCUGUUUCUGCUGUUUGUACUGGAUCCGCUGUAAUGACGGUGCACGUGGAUGACCAUCCCUGAUGAUCCGCCGGACAUCACACGGAUUUUUAUUCCGAGACUGCGGAUCUCCUGCACGAGGACCACCCACCCCCCUCCCCCGCCGGCCCUCCCCCACCCCAGCCCUCUCUGCGCAUCCUCCGCCGCUCCUCCCGCAUCUCGGUGCGGAUGCUGCUGAUGGAGGUGGACCGCCGCCCCCACCGCCGCCGCCCCCGCCGCCGCUGCUGAUGCCCCGACCGCUCGCGCUUCCCCCCGAGCGGAGCCCAAGGCCCGGAUCCCAGCCGCCGCGUCCGUCCGCCGCCGGCCUCCGGCGCACCGAACCCCGUCCCGCGAUGGCAGACGAGACGAGACAAGGGACGGACCCCCCCGUGGUGGAGCUGAGCUCGUCCCUGGAGCACAGCGUGCAGACCCGCAUCUUCAAGAUCAUCGUGAUCGGGGACUCGAACGUGGGCAAGACGUGCCUGACCUUCCGCUUCACGGGGGGGGCCUUCCCCGAGAAGACAGAGGCCACCAUCGGGGUGGACUUCAGGGAGAAGGCGGUGGAGAUCGAGGGCGAGCGGAUCAAGGUGCAGGUGUGGGACACGGCGGGGCAGGAGCGCUUCCGCAAGAGCAUGGUGGAGCACUACUACCGUAACGUGCACGCCGUGGUCUUCGUCUACGACGUCACCAACAUGGCCUCCUUCCAGAACCUUAAGACCUGGAUCCAGGAGUGCAACGGGCACCGCGUGUCGCCCGCUGUGCCCCGCGUCCUCGUGGGCAACAAGUGCGACCUGGUCAGCCAGAUCCAGGUGCCGUCCAACACGGCGCUCAAGUUCGCCGACGCCCACAACAUGCUGCUGUUCGAGACGUCCGCCAAGGACCCCAAGGAGAGCCAGAACGUGGACUCCAUCUUCAUGUGCCUGGCGUGCCGCCUGAAGGCUCAGAAGUCGCUGCUCUACAGGGAUGUGCAGAGGGAGGACGGUAGGCUGAAGCUCAGCCAGGAGCCCAACCCCAAGAGCACCUGUCCUUGCUGAGGGCAAUCCCAUGAUCCUCCACGGGCGGCCCGCCCUUCUCCGUUCUCCUGCAUGAGAGCGGAACGUUCCCGCAUCCUACGACAGACACAGGGACGACGGCAGAACGGCUACGCUGGGAGAAGGUGCCCGGGAUCAUUGUUGUCCGUCUCCAUGGAAACCCCGUGUGGCUGUGCUGCGCUUUCUCUCUCUCUCCCCCUCCCUCCGAUUCCCUGCCGUUCCACUCCAGUGUCCCAUCGAACCGCCUCUUCUCCUUCCGGUGGCCUUCAGGAGGAGGCGCCGAGCGACUCCUGUCCUCCUCCGUGUCGCCGCUGUAAAUAAAACCAUGUGGCAAAAUCUGCGCUACGACUUUUAUAAAUUAAAAACCAAUGACACCAUGUGGCAGAGCUGGCAACACUGACUUCACCCAAGUUGUACUGGUUUUUAAUUUAUAGCAAAGUGUGUCAAAGUGUUCAAAGUUCAAAGUGUGUGAGCCCUAACGGGAUGGUCAUCGUCAUCGUAUGGAAUAUUAAAAAAGGACUUAUGAAAUCUAAAUCUUAUAAUUAACUCAUAAAAUGAAUAAAUAAAUGUGAUUUUUUUUAAUUAAAUUAAUA